CAGGAGCUCCUUGGGGAGGGAGCAUUGUCCAACCCAGUAGAAGCUGCCCCAGGGGCCCCACCCGUAAGAGGCCCCUCCCCCAACCUGCUGAGUCAAGGGUGGGGGAGGGGCUGUCUGUCUAGAAGAUCCCUAACCUUCCCCAGGGCUCCAGCGUCGGCCUCCUAUACCACCCUCCCCACUUCUUGCCCCAACCCUUUCUCCUUUCCUGUACUUUGGGGCCUCCUGGGGGCUGGGCCCCACUUGAACAGGGUUUCUGGGAGGUUUGAGUCCCAGGCUGAUAGUGACUGUUCACCAAGUCCUGCAGGUUACCAGGUGUUGGGGCCAGCCAGAGGAAGAAGGGCAGAGGGAGGGGUCCAGGAAGGCUGCCUGGAGGAGGAGGAGGAGGAGCUGCUGCCCUGCUUCCCCUGUAGGGCCAAGUGAAAACCUGUCUUCUGGAGGCACAAAGGCCAGCAGGGGCCUGGAGCUGUAGGUUCCCAGGUGAACUGAGCUGCCCAAUCAAGCUGCAAGCAGUAAUGAUCCUGAGGGAGCAAGUGUGCACUUAGGAACCGGAACCCUUACCCAUAGCCUCUGGUGCUGACGGGCCGGCCAACCCCAGCCCUGACCUCCACUCUAAACAGCAGGUUGGGGAUGUAGCUCAGUGGUAGAGCACUUGCCCAGCAUAUGCAAGGCCCCUGGGCUCAAUCCCAGGUACAGAAGAAAAAAAAAAAGAAAUCUCCGCCUCUCCAGUCCCUCCUACCCAGCACUGCCUCUGCCUGGCACUCUGGAGGAUGGGCGGAUGCAUGUUGAGAUGGCCAAGGGUUCCACCUGCUAGGCCUUGGGCUGCCUUCCGUGUUGUGUGUACUUUGAGAACAUAACCGUGAUCGUGUGCUGUGUAGUGUGCUGGGGAAGCCCUGUGUUGCUGCUUAGGCGAUGAAUGGCAAUGCACACACCUCUGGCUGAGCGGUCAGAGCACUUCCUCAGGGUAGCUUGCAGGGUCUUGUUCCAGCUUGACCUGUAUUAGCCAAUUGUACUCCAGAAGGUGUCUCCUAGCAGUGAGGCUUAGAUGCUGCCUUCUCAGCAUUUGAUCAGCGUUUACUUGAUUCGGUGGACUUCUCUGCUACACUCUGGCACUCGGUUGUUGACUGGGCUUUUCUGGACAUGUUCACAGUAUGUUUGUACUGUAACCUUGGGGGUAGAUCACUCAGGGUGCAUAUUUUCCAGUUUGUAGUGUGGCUUGUUAUAUUGUUUGUGCUAUUUUUUGACAGAGGGGAUACUACUAAUUUUUUUCUAUAUGAUGGUUAGAAAGUUCUUCCUGUACCUAAUUUUUAAAAAAUCAGGAUUUGUUCAAAGUGGAAAAUAAUGUGCAGCUCCAGCAGAAAGAAUCCAAAGACAGCCCCACACAGCUGUCCAGGUGGGACCCCCAGACUCAAAGCUGACCUCCUCAGGGAGAAGGACUGGGGUUUAAAAAAAAAAAAACCCUAAGGUGGGGGCAGGUGACCUGGAGGGGAGGUCCCUUUGGGGUUGCCAGAGUCCAGUCCCCUCCCAGUCUGUUUUCAGAGCACUGAAGUAGGAGGAGUCUUUGCAAGACCCCCUGCCUUGCCAAUACAGCUUCCUAGACUGGUGCCUGGGAGCACUCACAGGGUUAACAGGUGGCCUGACCAAGAGGGAGCCCAGCAGUGCUGGCUCCUUCACAAUGGUUGCCAGGUGACUGGACUCCUCUCAGGGAAGAGAGCCAGAUGCAGAAGGGGCUGAGCCAGCAAGGGCGGAGUUGAGGCAAAAUGACAGCUACCCAGAAACACAACCUCUUCACACCAGAGCCUCACUACAUCCCUGGCUAUGCCGGCUUCUAUCCACAGCUGCGUUACCAAGUGGGGAACACCUAUGGGCGCACCACAGCACAGCUGCUCACAGAUCCCAGCGUGCAGAAGAGCCCCUGCUCUGUUCUCUCCCCUAUAUCCAAGCCCAGAUUCAUUGAGGACUUCAGCAAGUCUAAACCCCCCUUCAUCCCCUGCAGGGACCUGAAUGAGCCCUAUAUCCCCCACUACACUGGUGAGCUGCUGGCCCCUGCUCCCUGCCCUGCCCCUUCCUGUGCCCACCUUCCUGUCCAUGUGGUUACUAGCUGCCAUGUCUGUACAGGUCUGAAGCCAUACAAGAACUUUGAGAUCCUGGGCCAGCUCCCACCCCAGGAGGUGGGUGCACAAGGGUCUCCAGAGAACAUAUCCAGACAGGUUCUGCUGCCGGCAGGUUUCAUGCCCUACCCUCCCUACCCCCCAUGCCCACCUGGCAGGAAGGGGUACUCUGGACAGUUGGGACACCCAGGCCUGCUGCUGGCAUAUGGAGAAGAUGCGUGGAAGACCGCUGCCUCUGUCCCUGAGGUUCCAGGGCAGUCCCAGCUGCACCACUGCAGGAGGGACGAGUACCUGCCCCCACCCCACAGGCAGGAGACUCUAGAUGUAGGCAGGUUCCAGCGGCUACCCCAGUUGGACCACCCCAACCUGAUCCAACGCAAGGCUAUCUCAGGCUAUGCUGGCUUCAUACCACGGUUCACUUGGGUGAUGGGUGUUAAUUACCGCGAUGGAGUCACACAGGCUAUGGACGAGUUCGACAAGAACCAGUUCCUGUUCAGAAAUCCAGUCUGUUCUUUGGGUGAGAGGUUGCCCAAGAACCACUGGCCAAACACCACCAUCUACAACAGCCAGGGCUUGAUCCCGUUCUAUAUGGGCUUCAUCCCUCACAUGCAGGACAACUACGCGCUGACCUUUGGCAACAGCACCCGCAAGGCCUACCGGAAGGAACUGGAGAGGCGAACCGCACACUGAAAAUGCUUUAAUGGUGAUGUCUGUACAGCAUGUGAUGUUAGGACAGAAGGACAGCAAGUGCACAGUGAGAUAUGGCCUGCAGAACAGCUGAAUGAAUAAAGAGUCCACACUGCUUCCACGCUUUACCCGUGACAGACAGCUGCUCUAGGCCACCUCCUCCUCAGCCUCCUCCUCAAACUCGCCCUCCUCCUCCGCCGUGGCGUCCUGGUACUGCUGGUACUCAGACACCAGGUCAUUCAUAUUGCUCUCGGCUUCAGUGAACUCCAUCUCGUCCAUGCCCUCACCUGUGUACCAGUGCAGGAAGGCCUUGCGCCGGAACAUGGCAGUGAACUGCUCCGAGAUGCGCUUGAACAGCUCCUGGAUGGCGGUGCUGUUGCCAAUGAAGGUGGCAGACAUUUUUAGCCCCCGGGGCGGAAUGUCACAGACAGCUGUUUUCACAUUGUUGGGGAUCCACUCCACAAAAUAGCUGCUGUUCUUGUUCUGGACAUUAAGCAUCUGUUCAUCCACCUCCUUCAUGGACAUGCGGCCCCUGAACACAGCAGCCACUGUUAGGUAGCGGCCAUGGCGGGGGUCGCAGGCGGCCAUCAUGUUCUUGGCAUCAAACAUCUGCUGGGUGAGCUCAGGCACCGUCAGGGCACGGUACUGCUGG